AUGGCCUCGGUUUGCAUAUCAAACUGCAUCGAAGACACCCGUGUACCAGUCCGACCAACCUACACCAACCUUUACAAAUGGCCAGAAUCCGACGCCGAGUUCGUGAGGUCCGUAAGCUCUAAUGGGCACCGUGCUGCCGGGGCGCGUCCGCACCCUACAGUGGUGGACAGCAUUUCAUGCAGGCAAAUGUUCUUGAGGAGCUACACUUUCUCUAGGAAAGAGAGUGUCCCCGAAAAGACCAAGAAGUGUUUGGAGAAAGUAAAGCUGAGAAUGGCUUCUGGAAAUAAGAGCAAUAAGACAAAGAGUACUACUAUUGAUGAGAAGAAAAGGCCUGGCCGUGGAGUGUUCAUGAAGGCUAAGGAGGGUUCAUGCAAUGCCUUGUUCACCUUCUUCCGGCGCUUGCUAUUUUGCACUGCCAAGGUUGAUGUGGUUGAUGAUAUCUGA